GCUACUAAAACAUAAGCAAAAAUGCAACUCAAUAUAACAUCGUUGUACAUAUUCUUGGAAAUAAGUACGACAUAUAUCGAAGCGUGUGUGCAACCUACGUUGAUUUACAUCUUGCCGUAAGCUAUUACGUCGCUUUGUGCUCUGAUCCUACACCCUACACGGUAUUAGUGGCUUUAUCUCUGAAUAAAAACCGAUAAAGAUUGACAAUUUCUGGAAAAUGGGGCCUUAUGAAAUUCUGUGCGGCAUCGUCGCCGUAAUUCUCGCUGUUUAUUAUUACCUCACGAAAAAUUUCAACUUUUGGAAGUCACGUGGCAUUCGUGGUCCAAAACCGAUACCGGGAUUUGGUAAUUUCAAAGACGUUAUGCUUUGUAAUAUAUCUAUGGGCGAUUAUUUGACAGAACUAUACAACACCUACAAAGAUGAACGAAUGAUCGGAAUAUUCACUAGAACGACACCUGUCCUUAUUGUAAAGGAUCCGGAUUUAAUUAAGGAUAUCCUUAUCAAAGAUUUUUCCGUAUUCUCUCACAGAGGACUACCCGUUUCUACAAUAGCCGAGCCGCUCUCACAACAUCUACUCGGUUUAGAACCAAAAAGAUGGCGACCGUUGAGAAUAAAUCUGUCGCCUGCUUUUGCACCCGGCAAAAUAAAAGACAUGUUCUCCUUAAUAUUAGCAUGCGCUGACCACCUUGUCCAAUACAUGGAAAAUAUAGCGAGCAAGAAUGAACCUGUAGAAUGCCGCGAGCUGACGGCGAAAUAUAUGACCGACGUUAUCGGUAGCUGCGCCUUCGGCAUCGAGAUGAAAGCAUUGUCGAGCGAAGACAGUGAAUUUCGUAGGAUGGGUAGAAACGAAAUGACUCCGACUUGGACAAAUAUAUUACGAACAAGAGCCAGACAAAUAUUUCCCUGGCUUUACGAUAUGCUCGCGUACGCGCAUAUUAUUCCGCUAAAAGAAAGCACCAAAUUCUUGACACGCAUUGUCGUGGAGACCAUGGACUACAGAGAAAAGAAUAAUAUCACCAGAAACGACUUCAUUGACAUUUUACGUGAAAUGAAAAAACAUCCAGAAAAAUUGGGUGAUAUUGAAGUGACAGAUACUUUAUUAGCUUCUCAGGCUUUCCUAUUUUUCCUUGGUGGCUAUGAAACUUCGGCGCUUACUAUGAGCAACGCCAUGUACGAGUUAGCAUUAAAUCAGAAAAUUCAAGAUAAACUGCGCGAGGAAGUUGAUGAACUUUACGCAAAAUGUGGUCAAGGCUUAACAUAUAAUAAUGUAAACAAAAUGGAUUAUUUAGAUAAAAUUUUCAAAGAAAUAUUACGAAAGUAUCCGCCAGUAACAUUUCUUUUGAGACAAGCCAUGUCGAAUUAUACUUUCAAUGGUACUACAGUUAGUAUACCGAAAGGCCAAAGAAUAUGGAUUCCAAUUUACGGGAUGCAACGAGAUCCGGAUAUUUAUCCAAAGCCAGAUGUCUUCGAUCCAGAAAGAUUUAACGAGGAAGCUGUACAAAGCAGACACCCGAUGGUUUAUGAACCCUUCGGUGACGGGCCAAGGAAUUGCAUCGCUUCUCGUUUCGCUGCUUAUCAGAUUAAACUUGGACUUAUAAAGGUGUUACGUAACUACAGAAUUGAGACUUGCGAGAAAACUCCAAGAAUCUAUGUAAACGACCCUAAAGCAUUCCUAUUAGUUCCAAAAUAUGGAUUACACUUGAAUAUAGUUAAACUUAAUCGACCUUAAAUUUUUCCUAAUUCUUCACAGAAAAUAUAAUACGUAAUAAAAAGUUCAGAAAAUUGAUCAUUGAAAGCAAUAAUACGAGUCAUUGUAUCGACUGCUAUAAUCCUCGUUAGUUUUAUGUUGUAACAAGAAACCUUACAUGAAACAGUUAAUAAUUUGAUAAGUUUUAAUAGAUAAAUGUUAAGUCUAGGUUGUUAUUAUUAAGAUACGUUAUAGAAAUCUUCUAUAAGAAAAGGUAUGGAAAGUUUAUUGUUGUCGCUUUUCCGCGAUGCUGAGUGAUUCGCUCAUUUCGCUAACUUGGUGCUGCGAGACAGCUGUCAGCGGCGAGACGAUUAAAAUUUGACAGUUUGCGAACAAAUACACUUAAAGAAUUUUAGAGAAUUUGUACUGCAACAAGGACAUUAUUGACAAGUGCCGUUCCAUAAAAAAAAACAGUUUACGUUUAAUGUCCGUAAUUUGGAAAAAAAUUGUAUUCUUACCAAACAGAAUACAUCGACCUUGCUACUAGAAACAAAACGUUAGUAAAGUAAGAGAAGUUAAAGUUAAGUAUCUACUUGAGUGAAGGGGAAUGAUACGUAAAGAAAAUGAGAGAUAGAAAAAUUAAUCACAAUGCAUUGAAGUGAAAUAUACAUGGCAACAUUAUACAUGUAACUAUACUAAGUUGUAUUCAGAUCCGAUAUAAUUUAACACAUACGUUGUCAUUGGUAAUUAUUUAGUUUAACAGACCGUCCUCCAAUCUCGAUUUCCUUAACAUAUAUUAUCAAGACCAUGACCCUAAGUGAACUACAAGAAGUUUUAGCCGUCGGCCGGUAUUUGUUAAAAAGUUAUGAAGAAAAAAGUUUCACAAAUGCUAUGUAGUUUACGAUACCGUUUAUGUACGUUUAAGAAGGACAUACCCACACACCCACAUAUGCGCGCGCGCACGGAGGGUGGUCCGCUAAACUAAAUAAUUACAUUAUAAUUUCAUGUAUUGUUUUAUUAACAAAAAACACUUUAUGCAAAAUACUUGUAAUUUGUAAGAAAAUUGUAAAAAUUGUACUCUCAUCAAAUAUAUGUAUAAAUACUAU